AACAAAGCCAAGAGCGCAUCACUGGCUGGCACAUUGUUUGUUUUUGUUUCCACUGUGGCAUGUGCCAACCUCCAAUCUUUCCAGCGCGCAGCAUAGAACACCACAUCGGGGCACCAGACAGAUGUUUCUCAAGCCGUACAGACCCAAGAGCAGUGCGGCGCUCAAGGGAUCCGAAAGCAAGAAGUUUCGGCAGCGCCUGGAAGCGGCAUACCCGCAUGUGUCCAUCGAGCUGCUUGUGCCGGCAAAGGCGGCGGUAACGCAGCUUAAAAUCCUCACGCACGGUGGCGUCCAGAGCAUCGUCUACUGUGUGGAGAAGCAGCCGAUGUUCUUUGAACUGGAUGGCGGCAAACUUGUGCCCACCCUGUACGCGCUGUGGUCCGUGCCCGAUCUUCUGCCGUACUUCACCACGCACGAGGGUGUGCUGCCGAAGCUGACCAACGGAGCGGACCUGAUGCUGCCGGGUGUGGUGCCCUUGGGCGUCGGGCUGAACAUGUACGGUCACUACAAAAAGGGGCAGCUGAUGGCUGUAAACCUCACAAACAACAGGUCGGCAGUGGGUCUUGGUCAGUUGGCCCGCUCCAGCGACGAGUUGUACAUGUGCGGGGGCCAUGGCGUGGCCAUCAAGAUGUUGCAUCUGUUUGGGGACAAGCUCUGGUCUCAUGAGCCCAGUAUGGUGCAGCAAAUCCCACUUGUAAGGACCAAGGCCUUGUCCGGCGAGGAUUUCCCAGCACUCGGCUCUGAACUGGAGCGGAAAAAGGCUGCGCCCGCAGCUCCUGCAACCUUUGCCUCUGUAACGCAAACAGAAGAUCUGGAGGCAGGGACUGCUUCGUUGUCGCUAGUCCCCGAUUCCUGGGAGGAAGCCGACGAGGAGAAGGAGAAUAAGGUGGAUGAGGAGAAGGGGGAGUCCACGCCCGAUACAAUACUGAAGAACGCUUUCCUCGCUGCAUUGAAGAACCACGGAAAGAAGCUUCCUCUGCCCCUGCUAACCAGCAACUUCUACCGACUCUACGUGGUCACUGAGGCCGCCGAGCAGAUUGACCUUAAGAAGACGCGCUACAAGAAGCUCUCCAAUUUCCUGGCCGAGAUGGUAGAUCAGGGGUUUAUUGUGGUGCGCGAGGAGAGCAAGGGUGUGGAUAAGAUCACUUCCGUGGACUUGGAACAUCCAGAAGUUGUGAACUUUAUCACCGAUGUCAAGGCGAAUGAGGCAAAUGGAGCGGCGUCCGAGACGCCUCUAUUCCACUCGGAGCUGAAGGAGAUGUAUAUUGUGACGGAUGCAACGGCGGCCUUUUUCACCAAGCUGAACUUCAAGCGCGGAGAGGGAAUCCCUGCGGGCCAAAUCAAGAAGAUUGUUCGGGAGUACGUGAGCAAGCACGGUUUGCUUCAUCCCCUGACGAAACUGGUGAAACCAGACGAAACACUGAUCGAGCUUUAUGGCGACCGGGAGGCCUCGCUUAGCGAGAUGUGCUCCCUGAUCAUCAGCAAAAUGGAGCACUCGUACCAGAUGUGCAGUGGAAAAGACACCAGCGGCAAGCCCCUCAUCCAAAUGUCCCUCGCCACGCGAUCCGGCAACAAGAAGGUAACGCUUGUGAGCAACAUCGAGGCAUACGGCAUCAUCCUGGCAGAGUUCAUCAAGCUCUGCAAGCAGGGAGCAGCAGCCAGCACCAGUGUGGUGAAGCUGCCGCACCAGAAGCACGAACAGCUCCAGAUCCAGGGCAACCAGGUGCGUUUCGUGCACACCCUCCUCACCGAAACGUAUAAGGUGCCUCCCAAGUGCAUCCUGGGCCUCGAACUGGCCAAGGAUGGCAAGAAGAACAAGAAGAAGUGAUCCCUUCAAUAAACAAAUAGAGAGACUCCUCCUUCGAAA